CGGCCCCCUCAGCUCUGUCCGGCCCGCCGUGAGGGGAGGGGGCUCCGGCGGAGCGCCCCGGGGGCAGCCAGCCCCCUCCGUCGCUCUCUGCUUGGCCUCGGGUGCAGGGGGGUGCCGGGUGUCCCCGGUACGGGCCCCCCCGGGAUGAAUAUGAUAUUAACAGGAUAAACUGUUGUUUAUGGAGGGGAGCACCUCCAGCUGCUCAGGAGAAGCUGUAGCGGCGGGUCCCCAGGGCAGUGCUACCCCCGCCGCCCUCACCUCGACUGCCGUAGACUUGAGGAGCGAAGUUCCUUAGAGAUAGCCGUUUUCAGAAUGACUUCCUUGGCUGACAUGCCUCCAAAUUAUGAAAUGAUGUUUGCUCAUCGAUUCACAUCGGAUGAUGAAGAAUACCAAGAAUACCUAAAACGCCCUGCAGAUCCCCCUCCUAUAGUUGAAGAAUGGAGAAACAGAUCUGGUGGCAACCAGAGAAACAGAGAUCGGUUUCAAGAUGGCAGAUAUUUUAGAGGAGACAGAUACAACUGGCAAGGUGACUACAGAUCUAAUCAGAGGCCAGACAGAGGCUGGGGUAACAACUACCAGCAGCACAGGCAAGGACAAUCCUACUCAUCCCACUACGGACAAUAUGGCUACAACUCCUACAACCCGGGGCCUCGUUACCAUCCCUACUGAUAUCCUUGUGGCUUGAAAAUCCAGUGAUGCUAUGUAACACAUUCAGUUAGAUUUUAGUUUUCUUAUUUUUUCCACUGUUUUAUAGAUAACUGAAGAAUCAGUGUUACAGUGCAGUGCUGUUUUUAUGUAGUGUGAAAUGAAAAAGGGAACUCCCUUUAUUAAUAGUAAAAGCAUAUUAUAUGGGGUUUGUUUAGACUCUGUAGAUUUUAGAUUAAAUUUUUAACUCCUUCUUUUGUCUGAAUAUGUAUUGUGCACGUAUUUUCUUCCAUCACUGAGAUUUCUCUGUUACAUUUUAGAAACCAAAACAGGUGAGGGAAGGGCAGGAUAGCUGUGGUUUGUAUGCAGCCUGUAGCAGUGGCACAUUGCCUUAAGAUAGCUCUUUUUGAAACUAACAUACUUUCUGUGGAGAGAAUUUUUUUAGUUUGGCUUUUGACAGUGAGAAGCUCAGUUUGGUUUCAGAUGCCCUAAAACUGAGAAGAGCGAUAUCCUAUUACUGAAAUGUUUUAUGGGAUCAGCAUAGUGUCUGUUGACUCAGUGGCUUCAAUGCAUUUGAAGUAUUCCUCUUAAAACAUGGUCUAAAAGUUGGAUAAAAGAUAAGUAAAUAUCUAUCUUCUUGUAGCAGUUCAGUGAUACAGAAGUUUUACCUGAGAAAUAAUAUCAAACUUAGAUUAAUCUGUGUCAUCUUCAAACAAAUUCGGUGUGUGUGUAAUAAAUUUUGGAACUCCCAUUUCAGCAAAGCUGUAAAACUUCGAUGCUAUUGUACUUUGUAUGAAAUACUUUGUGCAUGUUAUAGAAAAAAAGAACUAUGAUCAGUACUGGUCUGUACUUUUUUCUGUAUGGAAAAAUAGCAUAAACAGUGCAAAGUGUUACUCAGUUCUUAGAAUUUAAGAUUUAUGGGGUUUUUUAAGUAUUCACACAAUAAAAGUAUAGUUCACAUGUAA